AUGUCGACUUCCACUGCAAUCUUCACAUUUUUCCUAGUCAUUUCUCUCGUCUCCGCCAAUAUUCGAUAUCGCCGUAAUUCAUAUGGUGAUGAAUUGGUGACACCAUCUGGCGGAGGUGCCCCACCACCACCACAAUAUAUUUCCGAAGUUGCUGCGGCUACAGUCGCACCGCAAGGUGGAGGAGCACAGACUGGAAUUAUGUCAUCUGGUUAUCGAGCAAAAAGAGAUGCUCAAAAUGGAUAUGGUGAUGAAUCAGUUACACCAUCUGCUGGUGAAUCAAGUCAUCCUGUUAUGGCUGUUGAAAGUUCGGCAGUUCAUGUUGAUCAAGCUGGAGGAUCGUCAAGUAGUGUACAUUCUAGUGGUUAUUGA